AUGCAUCGCUCGGUGCGAACUGUGUGCAUCCUUGCGCUUUGGGGCAUGUUCAGUCUCAUCGCCGUCCAGGCACAAAACCACACCAGCUACCUUCUGCCUGGGGAUGAGAUAGAAUGGAAGGCCUUUGGCAAAAUCGAUCCUUGGGGCCUACCUCCUAAUGCUACUAAAGGCGGUGACAAAGAUGGCGCAGUGUAUCUUGGCAGUGUUGGCAGCGAUCGAAUCGGUUGUGGCGUCGUCCCCUACGAUCGCGAUGGCGACAUCUGGAUGGUCCCCGCAAAGGACGACGACUUUAGGUCGGUAGGCUACCUCCUACCUCGCGGCGAGUACGAUUCGAAAUCAGACAAUUCCAUCGCAGACUGCGUGCUGCGUGGGGCUUUGGAAGAGGGAGAGUUUGUCAUCGACAAGGACUCCCUAAUUCCCCUCGGGUUGAGCAACAACGAAGCUGUGUAUUGGUUCAGGGGCUCUAUAAUCGGCCUCGACAAGCCCAAGAAGUCCGAUGAGUCCGAUGAGUCCGAUGAGCCCGAUAAGCUCGAUGAGCUCGAUGAGCCCCGCACCAAUCCAGUCCGCUGGUACUCUAUUGGCAAAGCGCGGACUGAGUUGAAGAAACCGAAAGAUGACCCCAAGAAGAAGGCUGCGAUGCGACAAGCGCUCCUACAUGCACAGUUAGCCGGUCGGUCCCGUAGCCCCAAAGCAUCAUCCAAGUAG